AUAUUGACGAAUAUAAAGGAAAUCACUCUUGUCACGUGAAUGCUACCUGCACGAACACCAACCGAUUGUACGUUUGCACAUAUAUAGAUGAAUGCGAAAGCAAUAAUAACUUCUGCGACGAAAAUGCGAACUGCUCCAAUGCUGUUGGCUCUUUUAACUGCACCUGCAAAGAUGGAUUUACUGGGGAUGGACACUCAUGUUCAG